CUUCUCCUCUCACAAAUCUCGGGCCCAUUUCUCUCCCUAUCAGUUCUGUCUCUCCUCUCUUUCGUUAACACACGCAUAUCCACAGCUCCGGUGACAAACCGGCGACCAGUGGUUGGCAGCAGGUAAUAUACGAUCAAACUUCGAUUUUUGUUACAUCGGAUGCAUAUUUCCGGCGACUGCGUCUUAUGGCGGGCUAGGAUGACGUCGACUGUUUGGGUAUAAUAACUGGUAAAAUGGAUUGCAACGACCAAAAGAAGAAAAGGUUGGCAAGUUCUUCUCAUAAUGCAAAUAAAACAUCUUUCAAUUUUUUGGUUGUGGAGGAAAUGGAAAUGGGUUCAAGGAGGGAAGUUGAUGAUCAUUGUAGCAUUUUUGGAUCAAGUGAAUCUUUUCUCCCUGGUUUGCACGACGAUGUUGCCUUAAUGUGUCUUGCUUGGGCUAGUAGAUCAGAUUAUGCUUCAUUGUCAUGCUUAAACGCAAGGUUUAAUUCACUAAUUAAAAGUGGUUAUUUGUAUGAGUUGAGAAGGCAGCUUGGGAUUAUGGAGCAUUGGGUGUAUAUGGUUUGUGACCCUAGGGGAUGGGAGGCAUUUGACCCCUUUAGGCAGAAGUGGAUGAGAUUACCGAAGAUCCCAUGUGAUGAGUGUUUUAAUUAUGCUGAUAAGGAAUCUUUAGCAGUGGGAAAUGAGCUUCUGGUGUUUGGGCGUGAGUUGUUUGAUCUUGCCAUUUGGAAGUAUAGUUCAACUGGUCGUGAUUGGGUGAAGUGUGAAGGGAUGAAUCAUCCUCGUUGCUUAUUUGCAUCUGGUACUCUUGGUUCAAUUGCUAUUGUAGCUGGGGGGAGUGACAAGAAUGGGAACGUCUUGAAAUCUGUAGAGCUUUAUGAUUCUUUAACGGGUAAAUGGGAAAUGUUACCAAGCAUGCAUACUCCCCGUAGAUUGUGCUCUGGGUUUUUCAUGGACAGAAAAUUCUAUGUAAUAGGUGGGAUGACUAGUCAUACUGAUUCCUUAACUUGUGGGGAGGAGCUUGAUCUUAAAACAAGAAAGUGGAGGAAAAUUGAGGGCAUGUAUCCUAACAUCAAUAGAGUUGCACAGGCACCUCCACUUGUUGCGGUUGUUGACAACCAACUUUAUGCAGUUGAAUAUUUAACAAAUAUGGUAAAGAAGUAUGAUAAAAAGAAGAACUCAUGGGAUGCACUAGGACGACUUCCUGUCAGGGCCGAUUCCUCUAAUGGUUGGGGACUUGCUUUCAAGGCCUGCGGUGAAGCACUCCUUGUAGUGGGUGGUCAAAGGGCUCCCGAAGGCGAAGCCAUCGUGUUGAAUUCUUGGCAUCCAAAAUCAGGGGUCAAGAACGGCACAUUGGACUGGAAGAUCCUUGGAGUGAAGGAGCAUGCCGGUGUCUUUGUUUACAAUUGUGCUGUCGUGGGUUGCUGAGUACAUUUCCAAGGAGAACUAACGGUUUACUGCCUUAUGAUCCUGCUCUCAAGCUGUUGCGAAGUCGCCCUCACCAAAUCUCCACGCGACUGUGGACCUUGCCUCCGGCCGGGAAAACACCGGCAUUACUCCUCGAGAUCUCUGUCCGAUUCUUGUUAAGAACACUACCCUCCAAUUGCGGGGAUUUUCGAGGCGACCACUGAAGUAUGCCCAGCUACCGCCCAUUGUUACACCGCAUCCGUUGGCAAUAGACGACCAGUGGAAUACCUCCUUUGUGUUAGGAUACUGGGAUGGCGGGCAAGAAUAGGGGAAUUUGUCAUUGUUGUAGAAUGUCGGGACAUACGAUGUUGGAAUGCCCCAAAAAGAGAAGAUGCCCAACUACGGUGUAGGAUUCGUCAAAUGGAUGGAGGUGAAAAAGAACAAUGAGCAUAAAGGGCUAUCGUUUCAUUGUUAUACCCGCGAUUGCAAAUUCUUCAAAUGGUGUAAAAAUAAACCCAAUGAAAAAUGUAUAGUGCAUGACGAUGGGGACUCAAGUGGCAUUACAAACGAAACUGAGCAUGCGGAUGAUUUGUCGCAUAUGUUGAAAUCCGCUCGCUAAUCUAACGGAUGAGAAGGAUUUGGAGAUUUCCCUGAACAUAAAGAUGUGCAAGGGGACACGAGUUUCGGAAGAUGAGAAGGACUUGGAAUGUGAAACUUGAGUCGUUGUAUUAGUGUGUAGUACGGCAUGUGUUUAUGUAGCGUAAUGUAGUGGCAAUGCAAUUCCAGUUUGUAGUAGUUUAGAGCAUGUGGCAAUGUUGUCUUCUUUCAACUUUCGAACUUCAAAUUAUGAAUGUGCCAAUGUAGUCUUAUUCCAGUCGGUAAGUGUGGAAUUAUGAAAUGAACUUCAUUGUUAUA